UUAACAUCAGGAUGGUUUCUCGGGUGCCUAGCCUAGUACCAUUGCGUUUGCAUAAGAGUUUCCGCUUGUCCGAAUAUUUCAAUCCGUGAACUGUUUAUACUACAAGUCAACUGGAAUCUCCGCUCAUCGACUGGCAUUGCAGAUUGAUAUUUGUGCUGGCGUCGAUUCGUCCUGAGAUUCACGAUUCACUUCAUCUCGAGCCAUGGACGGCCAUGCUCUCACCCCUCGCGGCGGCCUCGCCCCUUUUGAUUUGUAUCCAUAUAAUCCUUCCAAGACACUUGCGUGGGUUUUCCUCGUCAUCUUUGCGAUAGGUGGUGGCAUACAUUUGAUUUUGAUGUUCCCAUUACGAGCGUGGUUUUUCAUUCCUUUUGUUCUGGGCUGCGUUGGAGAGGCAUUUGGUUACUACGGUCGAUCGUGGUCACAUAACAACAUCCGCCUCGGCAGUCCAUAUCUUCUGCAGCUCAUGCUUCUCCUGGGAUCUGUCCCGCUGCUGGCGGCAACAGUAUACAUGACGCUGGGCCGCAUCGUGAGAGGCCUCAAUGCGGAAAAGUACACGGUCAUGCGGUCGACGUGGAUGACCAAAAUAUAUGUUGUCAUCGAUAUCGGAAGUUUUGUCUGCCAGAUGAUGGGCUCUGCGAUGCAGGGCAGUGGUGAUCCCAGCGGCGUCAAGACAGGCCAGACGAUAGUGAUCGCUGGGCUGGGGGUCCAGCUUGCUGCGCUUGGCUGGUUCAUUAUUGAGAGUGUCAAUCUUCAUCGUCGACUCAGCAACCAACCCACAUUCACGUCGAAAAGCCACUUGAUUUCCUGGUCCAAACCCCUCUGGGCAUUACACUGUGUGGCCGGGUUGGUUUUCUGCCGCAGUUUAUACCGACUGAUCGAGUUUCUCCAGGGCAGCGAGGGUAGCCUGAGCAAGCACGAAGCGUAUAUGUACGUCUUCGAUUCCGCUCUCUUGUCUAUCGCAGUCUUUGUCUUCGCUGCUUUCCACCCGGGGCGGCUGCUGCGGCAGAUUCGACGAUUGGGAUUAAAUUCGUUAGACGACACCGACGUGAUGUUGGAUUGAUAAUUUUGGAUUUUCCCCUAUUCACCAGGAUUUCAACGAUAUCGUCUCAUUAUUUAUGCCCAAGUUCUCCCCUUGGAAUUUUGUUCCUACCGAAGUGUUGGCAAGAUGGGGUUUUCGUAUCUUCGCGUUAUUAGCUCUAUAUCCUGGCAUCCGGCUGCACUGUUUACAUGAAGGAGAAAAUUCCAGUUUGUUUUUAGAAGAGUAUAAUGAAAUUCUCA